AGAUGCGCACUUGAUCAACUAACUCCAACAUCGUCGGGUGACUUGACUUAGAUUUUCGCGUUCGUACAUAAUACUUUACCAGCGCGUGGCCACUCGUACCUACAAGUCAACGCUGACAAUCAUUUUUUUUGCCCUUGGAUAUAAUAUCUCCCUUACCUCAGACUUAGUCACUCUGGUGUAAUUGUACAUACGGACUGGGCCACUCAUCUCGUUUACCUGUUUACCAUGUCGCAAGGGUUCUAGGAUCACCGGGCGGGUCGGAAACAGAGACAGCAGAAGAGGGCCACCAGCAUCGACUAUCGAGCUAUGACCAGCGAUAGCACGACUAGUAACACAGCAGCCGGUGGGACUUCAAGGUUGCCACGGCCGGCUAGGGUACCUGUUAGGACCAAGCUACGAAAUGGCACCUGGGUCGUUCCGGGCACCGGCGAGCGAACUCGUCGACAAUUUACCUUGCGAUACCCGAGCCUCGACGGUCCCGGCGAUGACGACAACAUACGCGCCCUCGGCGAGGGUACUUCGGUGAAGGAGAAGGCAUGGAACAUGUUACUUAAUACUCAGGUGGCGGCGAACAAGUUAUGGGCAUGGGUAAAUUCGCCCAAAGGUCGAGGCACAAUCAAGUGUUCCAUCGCAUACCUAAUAGCUAGCAUGGGCACAUUUUGGCACCCUGCUGCUAGUUGGCUAGGGCCAAUGGACGGGAAACAUAUUGUGGCCACAAUAUCCGUCUAUUUUCAUCCUGCUCGGUCGGCAGGUUCGCAGAUAGAGGCCGUUGCUAUCGCGAUCAUCGCCGUUUGCUACGCCAUGCUCAUCGGAACGCUAUCGAUGGCGACGUCGGUUCUCUUUGGCUCGGUGUUGGACAUGGUUGAGUUUUCAUAUGCUCUCGUUCUCCUGAUAUUCAUUGGUGGCGGUUUGGGUUUUGUCGGAUGGGUUAAACAGAAGCUCAAUAAUCCUCUUGUCAGCGUUGGUGCCAGUAUAGCAUCCAUUGGUAUCAUCACCAUCGUGACAAAGGAAAACUCAGUUCACACCGGUGUCUUCACGAACCAGAAGAUUAUAAUGUCGCUCAAGAUCCUAAUGAUGGCUACGACGAUAUCAAUGUUGGUCAAUCUGCUCAUAUGGCCAGUUUCCGCGCGACUAGCAUUGCGAAAGUCUAUGCGGAAUGCGUCUACUUCCCUCGGUGAGAUGUUGUCUAUGAUCGCGAGCGGAUUCUUGAGUGGUGCCGAAGAAGAUUUCACCUCAAGCUCUUUUACGAAAGCUUCCUCUACAUACGCUUCGAAUUUAACCCAAAUGAACAAGAACGCGCGAGAAUCGAAAUAUGAAUAUUAUUUCUUGGGACAGGAGCGGGUCUACAGACAUGACAAAGCAGUAGUAAAGUCGAUGGAGAAUUUGGCCCAGUCGCUUGGUGGAUUGAGAAGUGCGGCUAAUACCCAAUUUGAACUUCUCAAAGAAGUGUCUAAUGGUCCUCCAUCUUCCCAUUCAGCCGUUUCUCCUACCACGAAUGUUUUCUCUCCUACGUUCGGUCGAGCUUUAUCGGCGACUCUUAAGAGUGGUAGUAAUAGGGUUGGCACUCUUGGUCCUAUCGAUGAGGCUCCCGAUGAACGAAGCGACCGGGAGGAUAACCCUCCACCUUCACAAGCUUCUCAGGAAAACCCGUUCGCCAUGUUUACGCCGUCUAGUUCAUCGCUGAGGACGCCUUCGGAUAUAUUCGAAUUGUUUAUCGCUCGUCUUGGCCCGUCUAUGAAAUCUCUUGUCCACACUAUGGCUGAGAUGCUUAAAGAACCGCCGUUUGGUGUUCCAGGCUCGCCGAUCAAUAUUAAUGAGCAGUUCAAGCAGAGUCUUGGGGAUGCAAUAAGUUUAUACAACCAGGCAAGGGGAGCUGCUCUGGAAGAAAUUUACAAGACGAUUGAGCUAGGUAGAACUAGGUCCGAGUCAGUCCAAGCUGACUUCGAAGAAGUCGCAGCAGCUUGCGGACAUUUCACAUUUAGUCUGCUUAGUUUUGCGGAUGAAAUGCAGAUUUAUCUCGAUACGCUGGACGACUUAAGAGAUACUGUAGAACAAAAUAAGAGGACCUGGAAAUGGUUGCUCUUCUGGCGGCACAUCAAAUUCCCGUCGAAAAAGAAGAAAGACGAUAUCGAGGAGCAACUAUCUCUAAUCAAACCUGUUCGUCGACUAAGACAGUCCAAGUUACCUCAGGGUAUUCCUGAUUCUAUAAAGAACCGGCGUGGCAUUUUCAGUUGGGACCAGGCACCACAAGGCGAAGGUAUAUGGGAUCAUUUCGUCCGAUUUUGCUCUCGGAGUCUUUUAAAGGUUUUCAGGUUUCUCGCAAGAAAUGACAUCCGGUUUGGUCUCAAAGUUGGCAUUGGUGCUACUUUGUACGCUAUGUUCGCCUUCAUUCCUCAAACACGGCCCAUAUACACACACUGGCGUGGAGAAUGGGGUCUUCUGUCUUUCAUGAUUGUGUGUUCGAUGACGAUAGGCGCCUCAAAUACCACCGGAUGGUCUCGUUUCACAGGAACUAUUGUGGGAGCUGCUUUUGUCUUGGUCAACUGGUGGAUUUCUAAUGGAAAUGCCGUCGCACUCGCCUUUUUAGGAUGGCUCGUCUCGUUUGGCGCGUUCUACAUAAUGGUGGAUCGCGGUAAUGCGCCAUUUGGUCGCUUCAUAUUGCUAAGCUACAACGUGUCUUCAUUAUACGCGUAUUCGCUCACGCAAGAAGUCGACGACGACGAUGAUGACGAGGGCGGUAUUCAUCCCAUCAUCGGUUCUAUUGCCUACCACAGAGUCGUUGCUGUGUCUGUGGGUAUUGUCUGGGGUCUCAUAAUCUGUCGACUAAUCUGGCCUAUGCCUGCACGUCAGAAAUUCAAGGAAGGUCUGGCUGUUUUGUACCUGCAGAUGGGUCUUAUUUGGAAGCGAGGUCCAUUAGCCAUUCUUCUUCGCAACGAUACCGCCGCUACUAGUUAUAUGAAAAUGGGCGAACAAGCUGCGAUGCAAAGAUACGCAUCGCAACUGCAGACACUCCGUGUGUCCGCGAAUAAUGAAUACGAGCUCCGUGGACCGUUCCCCUUCCAGGAGUAUGGUCGCGUCAUGGCAUCGACGCAACGCGCACUUGAUGCGUUCCAUGCUAUGAGUCUUGUGACGCAGAAGCACGGCCGGCUAAGCGCUGGCGAGAAGGCGCUGCUAUAUUACACAGCUGAAGAGCGCGCGCAGCUAUGCGCUCGUAUUUGUCACGUGUUUCAGGUACUCGCUUCAAGUAUGAUGCUUGAAUACCCACUUACAGACGCUAUUCCGAGUGUUAUGGUCAUUCGGGAUAAGCUGCUCGGUAAGAUCUUUCGUUUCAGGAAAGAGUACAGUGGCAAUCAUCACGUCACGGAAGACACUGGCAAAGCUCCCGCCACUCCUACCUCAAAUGGAGACGCAAGUACAGAUCCAAAUGCCGAGGAGGAUAGUAACAAACCCAAAACUUCAAAACCAACCGACGUCGCCGUGGAGGAACCGGACUAUGCACUUUUAUACGCAUACGCCCUGGUUACCGGCCAGUUGGCGAAGGAGUUGAAGGUCGUAGAGAAGGAGAUCGAAAACUUGUUCGGUCGGCUCGAUGAGGAUGCUCUGUUAUUGCAAUGAUGAAUGAAUUCACUGGCCUAGGUCUUACAGUCUGCAUUGCGGGUGUGUUGAAAACCGUCUCUGGUUACCAGGGAGUUGUUGCUUAUAUAGAUUAUACAGCAUUGACAAAAGACCAACUUGAAGGUCCAAGGCUACAAAUCACCUCUUCUAGAGGUUCGUUCGUUUCAAAUAUGGAUACGACGCAUUAAAUAGGGGGUUUAAGGGGUUACAUUUUUCUAGGAGUCGGAAUGGGAAUUGGAACGGAAAUAUUUAAAUUUGGAAGAGUGGUGUUUAUGUGACAUCUGCGAUCUAGUUCGUAUCUGAUCUAUAUAAAUAUAUACCUUUUGAUUUAUCAACA